AUGGCUAUACACGCAGUACAUGUCAAUACAUGUAAUACAUGGGAGUACAUGGCUGUAAAUGACAGUACACGGCUAUACAUGGCAGCUAGUACAUGGCAAUACAUCGCUAUACAUAGCAAAACAUAGUAAUGCAUCGUAAUACAUAGUAAUACAUGGCAAAACAUGGUAAUACAAAGUAAUACAUUAAUACAUGGUAAUACAUAGAGAUACAUGGCAGCACAUGGUAAUACAUGGCGAUACAUGGUAAUACAUGGCAAUAAAUGGCUAUACAUGGCUAUACAUGGUAAUACAUGGCAAUACAUCGCAUUACAUGGGUAUUCAUGGCUACACAUGGUAAUACAUGCUAUGGUUCUUUGGGUGUCUUUUUUCCUCAGCAAGGUUCGGAAAGGGUAGCAGACAUACCUGGCAAUACAUGGGUAUACAUGGUAAUACAUGGCUAUACAUGGUAAUACAUGGUGAUACAUAACAAUACAUGGUAAUACAUGGCAAUACAUGGUGAUACAUGGUAAUACAUGGCUAUAAAUGGCUAUACAUGGUAAUACAUGGCUGUACAUGGUAAUACAUGGCUAUACAUGGCUAUACAUGGGUAUACAUGGCAAUACAUGGCUAUACAUGGCAAUACAUGGCUAUACAUGGGUAUACAUGGCUAUACAUAGGUAUACAUGGCUAUACAUGGGUAUACAUGGCCAUACAUGGUAAUACAUGGCUAUACAUGGCUAUACAUGGCUAUACAUUGCUAUACAUGGUAAUACAUGGCAAUACAUGGCUAUACAUGGGUACACAUGGCUAUAACUGGGUAUACAUGGCAAUACAUGGCUAUACA